AUGAAUCUCGGUGUAAAUCAUCCUGCUAUAUUGAUAAGUAUGGCCAAUUUGGAGGAGGCUGAGCGGCUUAAAAUCCAGGUCAUAGAGAUGAGUAAAAUGACACUUAGCAUAGAGUAUCCUUCUAUGCUAACGAGCAUAGUAAACCUAGUAGUGACAUAUAUGAACCAGGGCCGGUGGGAGAAGGCCAAGCAGCUUCAGGUGCAAGUGAUCGCGGUGAGCAAGAUGAAGUUUGGCGUAGACCACCCUUCUACCUUGGUGGACAUAGCCAACCUGGUGUCGAUAUAUAGGAAUCAGGGCCGGUGGGAGGAGGCCGAGCAGCUCCAAUUGCAGCUCAUAGAGAAGAGCAAGACGAAGCUUGGAGUGGAACAUCCAGACCUGCUAGCUACCAUAUCAAACUUAGCGAUAACACUAUUGGAUCAGGGUCGGUGGGAAGAGGCCGAGCAGCUUAACCUGCAGGUGAUAGAGACUCGAAAGAAGGAGCUGGAUGUGAACCAUCCGGACACACUGACAAGUAUGGCUAACCUAGUGUUGAUAUAUUGGAACCAGAGCCGGUAG